AUGCCGUUCCCAACUGAUGCCGCUUGGCCUGCUGGCCUGCUCAAGAUCUUCGAGAUAUGUCGCCAUGAGCUCCAGCCUCUCGAAAAUCGUUAUUAUGGGCCAUACAACAAGCUGCUCACGUACUGCUUUAACCCCGACUCGUUCGAGUUCUUUAUCGCUCCCCAAAGCCCUCCCAGGGAAUUCUCUCCCCGCGACACCGUUGAUUUCGCCGUAUUUUUAAUCGUCUUCGAUAUUCAACGUCGCCCAGUACUCAUCGCAGAAAUCAAAGACGACGCCUGGGCCACCAGAGCCGACCUACGGUUCAAAGCAGAUGAUCAAAUACGUCACCGGUACGACUCCAUGCUUGACGAUUGCCCCUUGCCUCGCUUGUGGGGAUUGAGCUUGCUCGGAACGUCUCUGCGCGUUUACUGUGGCGAUGUUGCUACCGGUGCCGUUGAGCCUGUGUUCGACAACCGCCCAAGCCCUGGCCGCACUCUUCCUCGCAAUUUUCUCGAGGGGGCCUGGAAUAUCGACAUUCUUUCUCAAGAAGGGUUCGAUAAGAUGAAAGAGAUUGUCGGGAAUAUUGUUGGAAAUUAG